GCAGCACUGCUGCACAGCUGUUUUUAUUUUAUUGUUUGGCUUCGGCGUAGUUUUUAAUUUGCUGAUAAAAGUGUCGACCAAAUGGCUCUCGUAGAUCAUGACUCAUGGGACAUCGAGUACGAGGGCUGCGAGAGACUGCGCCAUCAGUUGCUGGUCCAACUGCAUCAGCGCCAGCAACUGGGUCAGCCCAAGGCGAAGGAGUACAUCCAGCUCACAGACAGCAUCAAGGCGGGGCUGGAUCAGUUGGACAAAGAUGUCAAGCAUCUAAAGGUAGUACUAGACAAUGCCAUCACCUGGGAGACCAGUCCCCAGGAGGAGCUGCAGCAGCGUCGCAUCGAUUGGGACAAACUAACCUCCCAGUUGCGCGAGGUUAAGCAGAAAUUUACGAACAGCUCGCGGGCCAAUGUGCUGGCCGCUUCUUCAGGCUCCGCCUGGCAGGAGCAGGGCCAGCCGCCCGCUCCCCGCGAAACACCCAUCGAUGUGGAGGCCCUGAAGCUGAGGCAGGCCGAGAUGCUGGAAGAUCAGAAUCGUGGCCUCGAAGUGCUCUCGGCCACGAUUUCCCGACAGCGAAACCUGGCCACCCAGCUGGGCAACGAAGUGGAAGAUCAGAACAAUAUUCUCGAUAACCUGGCCAAUGCAAUGGAUCGCGUGGAGACGGGAGUGCAACGGGAGACGCACAGCAUUGGGCAAGUGAAUCGGAGGGACAGCACCUGGGGCUACUGGCUGCUCAUCAUAGCUCUGUUUGUGGCCAUUCUGGUGGUGGUGCUUGUGUAGUUUCCACUUGUUAAACGUUUUCUAUAUUCUAUGUUAUAUUAUUCGAGUUUUAUGCAUUUUUCGAGCGAGUGUCCCCCUCCAAAGAUCCCAGACCCCUUCGGCGUGCAUCUGGCAUUCCUGCAAGUGUAUUUAUAUGAAAUUAAACUAAUGCUUUUAAGAGAAA